AUGUCUGACUCAAAAAAGCAAGCCGUCAUUUGCGUAUUCUGUGGCUCCGUUUCAGGGAACAGCCCAGUGCAUAUGCAAGCUGCGCGCAGCCUCGCUGAAGAAUUACAUAAGAACAAUGUUCAGCUAGUUUACGGUGGUGGAACAACAGGACUGAUGGGAGAAGUCGCCCGAGUCCUAGUUUCCCUCUCAGGCCCCAAGGCUGUCCACGGCAUCAUUCCUCGCGCACUCGUCAAGGUUGCAACAGUAAGCGGCAUGCGCGAGCACCAAGGCAAUGGUGACUCCAAGGCCGCUGGUAAAGUCGCCGAGCGGGUCGUUGAUGCAGUUGAGGCAGAGGGGAUUCCCGAAUCCGAGUACGGCAUCACAACCAUCGUGCCUGAUAUGCAUACUCGAAAGCGUCUCAUGGCUACAAAAGUUCUUGAAGGUGGUCCUGGAUCUGGAUUCGUCUCCCUGGCAGGUGGUUUUGGGACUAUCGAGGAGGUUAUGGAGAUGACGACCUGGAAUCAGCUUGGCAUUCACAAAGUCGGAGUCGUUUUACUGAACAUCAACGGGUAUUGGGACGGCUUGCUUGCCUGGGUUCGCAAUGCUGUCAAAGAGGGAUAUAUCAGUGCUGCGAAUGGGGAGAUUUUGGUCGAGGCCAAGGAGGUGAGCGAGGUGUGGCCCAAGUUGUUGACCUACCAGGCCAGCACCGGGCAGAUGCAACUUGAUUGGGGCCAGGAGUAA